AUGGCAUCGGGAGCAGUAGUCUCAAGCUCAAUUUCAUCAACAGCUGCACGUCGACUUCAUAAUCAAUCUCAAUUAUCGAAUCACAGUAUUUCUAUUGGUGAAUCAUUAAAUUUCACCGACUCAUUUUCUUUAUCAUCAUCAACUAUCACUCCAUUAAUAACAAUCACCUAUUUCAAUAUAUCAUUAUCACAAGAAAAUCAGCAACUAAUUCUCAAUAGUUAUUCUUCUUGUCGUCGUCUAAUUGAACACAUGAAACAAAUUGUUGGUAUUCAACAAGAUGAAACAAUUGAUCUUAUCGAUAAUGAAGGAAAGUUAAAAGAGCUCGGUACACAUUUUGAUGAUUAUGCUUCACAAUUUCUUACAGCGAGAAGCACUUAUUACGUACUUAAAGUUGAAGUCGAUAGUACAACUGGUGAAAAACGAUAUAUACCAAAUUUUAAUAUUGAUCAAUUAGAUCAAAAAUUGAAUACAAUAUUAACAAAUGCAUUGAAUACUUUGAAUAGAUCUGCAAGUAAACCAAAACGGCCUACUGGAACAUUACGACAAAAUGUUGUGUCCCAAUCAUUAUUCAAUACAACACAAUCGAAAACAAAACGAACAUCAAACAAAAAAUAG